AUGAAAAAUAUUUUUUCUAAUCAAGCUAUUCGAAUGGUACGUGAUGAAAUAAAUGAUCUUAGUAAGAAAAAUAAAGGAACAAAAACUGAACAAGUAACAUCAUCAGGAUUAGCAUCUUCUCCAGCAUAUUAUCAUCAUCCACCUUCAUCAUCAUCAUCUUCUUCUUCAACAACAAAUCCUUAUUCUCAUACAGCAAAUUCAACAGCAGGUUAUUCACAAAGAAAUGCUUAUCCAACAUUAACAGAAUAUAAUCAAGAACAUGAAAAAAAGAGUUUACUUGGAAAAACUGAAUCAUUUGCUACAAAUUUACUUGGAAAUAUUGUUGGAGAAGAUACAAUUGUUUCGGCAACACAUACAAUAAAUAGUGUAAUCACAGGUGGACAUUGUGCACGAGAUCUUCUUCAAAAUGGUGCUAUUGUUCAAUUAGUUUCGAAAAGUUCGGGUCAUUUACUUCAAGUUGUUAUGUCUACAAAUAAUAAUCUUGUAUUUGAUGGAAAUGGUACUUUUAAUUCAUUCAAUACUUAUUUCAAUGUUGAAAAAAAUGAAAAAGGUCGACUUCGAUUUCAUAAUAAUUAUAAUUAUUUAGCAUUCGAAGGCAAACAACCUUGUGUCAAGUCAUUUCCAUCUGGUGCUAAAAAUGAUUCUAGUGUAGAGUUUCGUGUACAUGACAUACUUGGUACUAAUGAAUUAUUAGCAUUUGAAUCUUGUACAUGUAAAAAUCAUUUUAUUUCAAUUUCAACGGAUGGUCAUCUGAAAACAAUGAAUACUAAAGAGAAAAAUAUUGAUGCACAAUUUUCAGUUGUACCUAUUGUAAAUAAUCAACAACCAAUGUUUCCAUAUCAAGCACAACCUUAUCAACAGUUCAAUAUGAAUCCAUAUGGCGGAUUUUCACCUAAUAGUACAAAUGAAUCCGUGCUUCCUCAACCACCGAUGUAUCAACAACAACAACCAACAGCACCGCCUCCUCCUCCAUCUUCUGCACAAAAUUUCUACAGUCAACCAUCGACAUCAUCUGGAUUGUAUCCAAAAUUUAAUUGA